AGAAGAUUAUGCGUCAAAAAUUAAAAAGCAUGCUAAUUUGUCUAUGCGUCAUCAUCAGCGAAACUUCGCGUGUGUGAUCAAGGAAGAUUAUUUAUAAUUCAGAUUUAAUUAUAGAUUUCUUUUACUUAUACAUCCCAAACUUAGUUUGGACAGUGCGGUUGUGGAUUGCGACGCUCCGUCGGCGCGCCACGAAUGCGGAAACAUGUGUUUUGAUGUGAACAUCAAAUCAUGAUACAUGACAACAAAUUAUAAUUUAUUAGAAUUUACGUCGGUAUUAAUGUGUAUAGGAGUGAUAAAGGAUUGUUGUGUGAUCUUGUGGUAGCGGUGAUUACUACAGCGAAUCCGUGUGGGGUUGGUGAUAAGUGAUAAGUAGGGUCAUUUCCGGUGUGUAGUUCAUGAUGUGGGCGCCCCGGUGAGGUAUCCUGCUGCAUAGUUCUGACGUCCUGGUAUCACCAUGGCGAACACAGGGAUCGGGGUCUCCUUUGACCCUAAUGACAUGACCAGCUGGUACUUCAGAGACCUGUCUCGCGCUGAAGCUACGAGGCUGCUCCUCAACGAGACGGAGAGUGGAGUGUUCCUUGUGAGGGACUCCAAGACUAUCACGGGGGACUACGUUCUUUGUGUCAGAGAAGACGACCGCGUCUCCCACUACAUAAUAAACCGCGUUGUAUCCGCGGACGGGACGAUUCGGUUCCGGAUCGGAGACCAGCUCUUCGCCGACAUGCCAGCGUUGCUAGCGUUCUACCGGCUGCACUAUUUGGACACGACGCCCUUAGUCCGGCCGCUGCCGCAGGCGCUGGCGAAGGUAGCCGCCCCACCGCCACAGCAGCCGCACCAGGUUCUGGAACUGGUCAUCGCCAAGUUUGAUUUCUCUGGAAACGACGCUGAUGACCUUCCCUUCCGUCGUGGAGAGCGGCUGAUGGUGAUCAAUCGUGAUGAGGAACAAUGGUGGACAGCUCGCAACAGCCUCGGACGCACCGGCUCCAUACCCGUGCCUUAUGUCCAGAGGAUCCUGGACCCAUCGGGUGUGCCAUACCCACCAGCGGAGGCUCUCAAUCACCUGGCGGAUCCGCCCAGCCCACCUAGCAACAAACACCCACAGCAGCGUACAAAUAUGCAGCGUACACUCCCCGCAUUAGCCCGAGUGAAGCAGCCGCGGGUACCCAAUGCCUACGACAAGACAGCACUGAAACUUGAAGAAGGAGAUAUUAUUAAAGUGACAAAAAUCAACAUAAACGGUCAAUGGGAAGGAGAGCUGCACGGCAAAAUCGGCCAUUUCCCAUUCACGUGCGUCGAGUUCUUAGACGAAAAUCAGGCGAGUUAAAAUUAUGACGUCACGGACCAUAGACUCGUAUCUAUGGUCCUCAUUCAUAGACUGUGCUCAUAGAUAAUGAGCUAUUAAUUUGCAAAAGCUACGGUGAAGUGUUUUUGGUGAACAUUUUUUGAGUUAUAUUUUCUUAAAAAUCAUUUUUUUUACUGUAUACCUGAAUUGUAGCUAGGCGAUUUUGCUCUAUUUUAUGGGAAUUGAAUCGUACAUAGUAUCUAAGUUAUUUAAACAAAUAUAUUUACUAUGUAAAGAUGGGAUGUAGUCAACAAAAUAAAGAGCAAUGUUUAUGCUUGACACUUCAGGUACUAACACCCGGUUUCCGAAAAGCCGAUCAAUGUUAAAAUCAAUUUAAUCUCUUGUCAAGUCAUCUGAUUGGUUGACUGCCAAUCAACAACCAAUCAGAUGACUUGACAAGAGAUUUGACACCUAGUUAAGUUGAUUUUAACAUUGAUCGGGCUUUCGGAAACCGGGCAUAAGUGUAUUUAAAAUGAUAUUUUAAAGAAAUAUGGCACUUAAAGACAAUGAUAAUGCAAGUAGAAUACUAAACGUAUCUAUUAUCUAAAUCGGCUUAGUUAAUCGU